AAAAUAGUCCUUGAAGGAAUCUCAACACCUCAAACGGAAUGGAAGUUUUUGCUCAAAACAUCCAAAUGCUUGAAAUUAUCUUUGCUUGUUUUCUCAAUCCCAACGCAUUUUGCCUGUGCUGCUGCUGCCUGGGCUGGAUUCUAGCACCUUUGAGCUUUGGGUGUAUGAUUUGAUUGAGCAGAAUCUACUGAACCCAAAAGUCUAUUCAAAGUGGUGAUAAUUUUCAGUCACUCUGGAAAUUUUUUUAUCUAAUGAUUCUUAACUUUCAGUCUUUGCAUUCUCUCAGUCUUUGAAUUGAAAAAAGCAAAAGCUUGUCCAUGAUACAGCUCUGAUCUCAAUAUAUGUUGAGAAUUAAUUAUCUCCAUGGAUUCGUCACAAUAUUCAGACGUUGGAAAUACCCCAUCAGAUGUUUAUAUUCCUUUCAUCAACACAAACCUGAAACACCCACCAAAUACAAAUUUACUAAAACCUUAAAAAACCCAAUGAAACCACUUGAAGUUGAGCCAAAAGUUUACAUGCGAGACACAGUAUCAAACAUUUACAAAAUCCUCAAGUACUCAACUUGGGACGCAGCUGAAACGCAGCUGAAGCAGUUACCCAUCAAAUGGGACUCUUUUACAAUCAACCAAGUGCUCAAAACCCACCCACCAAUGGAAAAAGCAUGGCUUUUUUUCAACUGGGUUGGUAAAGUUAAAGGCUUUAAGCAUGACCAGUUCACUUACACAACAAUGCUAGACAUUUUUGGAGAAGCUGGGAGGGUUUCAUCGAUGAAGUAUUUGUUUCAGCAAAUGCAAGAAAAGGGCUUAAAAAUCGAUGCUGUUACUUAUACUUCCGUCUUGCAUUGGCUUUCAAAGAGUAGAGAUGUUGAUGGGGCAGUGGAAAUGUGGGAGGAAAUGAGACGAAAAGGGUGUUUUCCUACUGUUGUUUCCUAUACGGCUUAUAUGAAAGUUUUGUUUGACAAUGCGAGAGUUAAGGAAGGUACUGAUGUGUACAAGGAGAUGCUUCAGUCUGGGAUUUCUCCUAAUUGUCAUACUUAUACAGUGCUGAUGGAGUAUCUUUUUGGGGCUGGAAAGUAUGAAGAAGCCCUUGAGAUUUUCAACAAAAUGCAAGAAGCUGGAGUUAAGCCUGAUAAAGCUGCAUGCAAUAUUUUGGUUGAGAAAUGUUGCAAAGCAGGGGAGACAAGGGCAAUGACCCAAAUCCUUCAGUACAUGAAAGAAAAUUAUCUUGUUCUUCGGUAUCCCAUAUUUCUAGAAGCUCUUGAGACCUUUAAAGUUGCUGGUGAGAGCAAUGUCCUUCUCAGGGAAGUUCAUCCUCAUAUUUCUGUUGAAUGCAUUGGCAAUGAAACAGAAGCUGAGUAUACAGGAAAUGCUUCUGAAGCUCCUUUAAGUUUUGACAGAGGACUAAUGUGGGCUCUUUUGAAAAAGCAAAAUCUUCUUGCAACUGAUAGUUUACUUACUGAGUUGAUGGAUAAGAAUAUAAGGUUGGACUCUGAAAUGAUCUCUACCAUCAUCGAUAUAAACUGUAACCAUUGCAGGCUGGAUGGUUCUUUAUUGGCCUUCAAAUACAGUGUGAAAGUAGGUAUAAAUCUUGAGAGAGCUGCAUAUCUUGCUUUGAUAGGCAGUUUAAUAAGAACGAACGCAUUUACUGAUGUAGUGGAGAUUGUUGCCGAAAUGACUAGAGCUGGACAUUCUCUUGGAGUUUAUCUUGGUUCGCUCCUAAUCUAUAGGCUUGGAUGUGCUAGAAGACCCACUUGUGCUGCAAAGAUUUUUAAUUUAUUGCCUGAAGAUCAGAAAUGCGUUGCUACCUACAGUGCUUUGGUUGGUGUCUACUUCGCUGCUGGGACUGCUGAUAAAGGACUUAAAAUAUACAAAACCAUGCGCAGGAAAGGGAUUUCUCCUUCUUUAGGCACAUACUGUGUCCUAUUAGCUGGUCUUGAGAAACUUGGUAGAGUCUCCACGGCAGAAACCUACAGGAAAGAAAAGAAAAGUCUGCUGAAGAAUGCUCAUUUCCGUGAAUCCAUUCCCAUCGAGGAAAAGAUAUGUGACCUCCUAUUUGCUAGGGAUGUGGUAUCUUGACAAACUUGUGAGGCUAAUUAGCAAACCCACUUUGAUGGAAAGCUGCCAGGUAUGAUGUAAUUAUGAUUUGCUUGAGUGACCAGUAAUGUUUAUGAAGUGCUUCCAACAGAGGAUUAUUGACUACCUAAAUGGCAAGAUUUGCUAGAAGUAUUUAAUUGGUCCAGAGAUUCAAGCUGGUGUUGCUUAUACAGAUCGGACUCUCAUCCUGAUAUGUUGAACAAAUGUUUCAUUGUGAAUGUGUGAAAAUGGAAGUGAUUGAAACAGAGUCCUAUGGUGUUUGUUGAAGGUCGAUUUUUAGGGCUCUCUCUGGGGGAAAUGACAUUGACUAAUCUUCUUGUAAAUGCAUUUGACUGUAAUAGCUGAGUUUUUAAAAUUAGAUGAACAAAGUUCCGUUAACUUCAGCACAAUUUCCCUGUCUAAAUGGGUAAAAAUAAAGAUGCUCCUGAUAAGGCACCUUGGCUCAUAAGGCUAAAGCCUGAUCUUGGUGUAUGUUAGCUUAGCCCUUAGGCCAUAGUACAAGCAUUUUGAACUGCGGGAACUUGGAAUAUGCUUUUCUGCCUUUUCAAAUCUCUGAAAUAUACUAUAUGGUUGGUCUAUCAAUAUGAUUAAGGCAUGUAUGGCACAGAAUACCAACCAAGUUUUACGAUGCAGUACAUUACAUGUGAUCUAUGAACAUGAUUGAAUAUAGAAAGGAGAAAUUCCAGUGGCCUAUAUUGGCAGUGUCAUUGAACAACAGUAAAUGUCUUCAAUCAUGGAUGCAUUAGGUAUCUAUUCACUGAAAAAAGCUUUAUUGUUUAAGCAUUUUAGGGUUCCUCUCUAGGUAUUUAUACGCACUCUCAGUAUUUGUCUAAGUGAAACAGAGAGAUGGUCAAAGAGACAAGGAAAGAGCAAUACUGGUAUGAUCAGGGAUUAUUCCCGGAAAUAUCUCAGGGUCUGCAAUUUUCUUUUUCUUUUCUAGAUCUUGACUUAAAUCAAGACUUAUUGUUAAUAUUCGAGCAUAUCCAAAAUGGGGUUACCUCGUAU